GAUAACAGCGUGUGGCGGGGAUAACCGCUAAUUAUCAAUGGCGCGAUGACGCGGAUGCCGUACUACAAAUGGCGGGUAAUGAAACAGCUGUUCACGCUACUGUCAGCUCGACAUCUAGCGGAGCGCGGGCGCGAUCCGGCACGCGUCGGCGACGACGUCGACGUUGGAUACGGUACGACGAGGAAGAUCGUAGACGAGGUGUUAGAAGAAGGGCUAGGACGGCGGUGCCCGCUGGUGACCUCUCCAAGAGGAACAUGGCUGCUGGUUGUUGCGGCGCGAAGAAGCAGAGGCUGGGCGGUGGCGGCGGCGCGGCGCCGAGCUUGUCGCCGUGUGACGGUACCGCCAUACGGCACGGUACUCCUCAAUCAAGGAAACCCGCGACGAUCGCCCAACCAGAGAUGGGCUUUUUUUGCUUCGACGUGCUCUAUUGCCAGCUGCACCAGCUGGACCCGCCGAAGGCGCCCAACUUCAGCAACGAAGCGUUCCCUUUAUUUGUGACGUGGACAAUAGGAAAAGAUAUGAGAUUACGAGGUUGUAUUGGUACUUUUAAUGCAAUGCACUUACAUGCUGGGCUACGCGAGUACGCUACAACUAGCGCAUUCAAAGACUCACGAUUCAAUCCCAUAACUCGAGACGAGCUGCCACGCUUGCAUGUAAGCGUGUCAAUUUUGCGGCAUUUUGAAGACGGAGUUGACUACUUAGAUUGGGAAGUGGGUGUUCACGGAAUUCGCAUAGAAUUCCACAAUGAGAAGGGUAAUAAACGGACGGCUACUUACCUGCCCAGCGUAGCUAUGGAGCAAGGAUGGGACCAGAUACAAACGAUAGAUUCUCUGCUACAUAAGGGUGGCUUCAAAGGCCUAGUCACACCUGAUAUCCGUCGUAGCCUGAAACUGACUCGCUAUCAAAGCGAGGAGGUCACCGUGAGCUAUCAGGAUUACAUGACGCAUUAUAACAACGCUCAUAUGGUCAAUUCGCCUCAUUUACAAAAUGAUAACGCUCGAUACAAUUCUUUCAUGUCUGGCCAACAGUGUUUACAGAUUGUCACGCAACCGAAUCGUUCGACGUUCAUACAUCCAUUACCCUUACCUCCGAUCACCCCAGUUAUGAUACCGAUACGUAACAAUCCUCCUAUUUGGUGGGAUAAUGCGGGUCCGUCCUAUCCGUCUGCGCCGCUUUAUCCUCGACCACCGCAUCGUUUCUUAACGCAGGAUGCCAUGGAGCGUGGGACGUAUACGGCUCGUUCGUGUCCGCAGUUCGGGUCCGCAGUGGUCGACGGCGACGGUUGAAACGGUAAUAUGGCUGCUGGUUGUUGCGGUACGAAAAAGCAGAAGCUCAACAACAAUUCCGCGGGCGUACCGUGCAACGGCACAGCGGUGCUGUCGAAUGGCACGCGUAUACGUAAUACACCGAUCGUGCAGCCCGAGAUGGGUUUCUACUGCUUCGACGUCCUCUACUGCCAACUGCACCAACUUGACCCACCAAAACCGCCCAACUUCAGCAACGAAGCAUUUCCUCUGUUUGUAACAUGGACUAUUGGAAAGGAUAUGCGACUACGCGGCUGUAUUGGUACAUUCAAUGCCAUGCACUUACAUGCAGGACUUAGGGAAUAUGCUACUACUAGUGCUUUCAAAGAUUCACGGUUUAAUCCUAUAACACGAGAGGAACUUCCACGCUUACAUGUAAGCGUUUCUAUACUGCGGCAUUUUGAAGACGGCGUGGACUACUUAGAUUGGGAGAUAGGAGUCCAUGGGAUUCGCAUAGAGUUCCAUAAUGAAAAAGGCAACAAGAGAACUGCUACUUACUUACCUGAUGUUGCGACUGAACAAGGUUGGGACCAGAUACAAACUAUAGACUCGCUAUUACAUAAGGGUGGUUACAAGGGCUUAGUUACACCGGAUAUUAGACGCAGUGUAAAACUGACGCGAUACCAGAGCGAGAAGAUUACUGUAAGCUAUCAAGACUACAUGACACAUUGGCAUAACCGGCGAUGCUAGCAGCUGGCUUGGGGUCCUAUCCAGGGGCCCCCUUGCCAAACGCCCGGCACAUUUUGUUACAAAAAUAUUUCAGAUACAGUUAACGCAUCUUACUCACAAUACAGUACCACUCAAUAUAAUUCUUUCAUGGCCAAUCAACAGCAUACGUUAGUUAUGGUUCAGCCGAAUCACCCCACAUUUAUACACACACUUCCGCUGCCACCAAUUCCCCCGGUUGUGGUACCUAUGCAAAACUAUCCGCCAUUCUGAUGAAAUUAUGCAUACCGCAUCCUUCAGUACGCUAUAUCGUUAUUUGUUACAACUUUUGUAAUGCAAAGAAAUGAAUUAAAUGCUUAAAAGAAUAUAACUGAAGGCGGCUGUUAUGUAUUAUCGUCUAUUGCUUGAAUUGAUUAUACAUUUUGAUUGUUUACUGCAGCAUUUAUUGUCUUUUUUUCUUUUAUUCUUAUGCGAUUUAUUCGUCUGUGAAAAGAAAUGUGAAAAUAUAAUUUUCAGUAUGGUGGCAAUGUUCUUCCAAAAUAUUUGUUAUAAGCAUAAAUAAUAUUGUCGGCAUAGAAACAUUUGUAUAUGGUAGAUUCUUGUUCUCAAGAUUGUACAAUUUUAUGAUUGUUAAAUUUGAACUGAAAACGAAAAUCUAUUUGCGAACAAUGUAAGUUCAGUUUGCUGUCGAACAUAUGGCUAGCCAUUGAUCGUUAUGAUGUAAAUACUAUACAAUUAUAGCUUUGCCAUUAUGCCAUCAUGCUAGAACAUUAGAUACUCAUAUUAGUAUUUGUGACGAGCAACAAAAAAUUUCCGAAUACAUAAUACUAUUUAUAUAAUUAAUUGUGACUAUAUUAGUCCAUUCAUUCUAUAAUGCACAAAUUUAUCAUAAUCGCCUGUCAUUACAGAUUUAAAUUAU